AUGCAGGACUUGUGUGCUCUGCUUGCGACGCAAGAAAGGGCAAGCGAGCUGUUGAAGGAAAUGAUUUCAGAGGGGCUGCCAGUUGACUUGUUGCAUGCGGCAAAAAGCAAACAACAGAGGGAUGCGACCGUAGACGCUUUCAGGAUUGGGAAGAUUUGGUUCCUGAUCUGCACAGACCUCGUGGCGCGCGGCAUUGAUUUCAAAGGUGUUUCCCUCGUAAUUAACUUCGACCUACCCCCUUCCACUUCGGUGUACAUACACCGCAUCGGCAGAACUGGAAGAGCUGGCAAGGAGGGGAAGGCGCUGACUUUCUUCACUUUAGACGACGUGCCCAGACUGAGGCCUAUAGUGCAAAUAAUGCAGAAGAGCCCGAACAGCAAAAUUCCCACAUUUUUAAGCACUAAGCUAACUCGCAACCUGAAGGUCAAGGGCCGAAAGAAGUACAUGGGUAAUGCACAGCCCAAGAGCAAAAUGGGAUCUCACCGUCGUCGUAAACCCAUACGGCCGAUUGCAAAAGCAGUUCUCAUGAAGGCCAAGAGACGCGCCUGGGCUAUCGCCGCCUCUCUCGCCAAAAAGAAGCGAGCAAAGGAAAGCGAAACAGGGGGCGAUGAAGGGCCCAACGGUGCAGAGGCCACGGCGUCUGGCAGCGCCGACAGAGCCAUGGGCCCCAAUGCCGCUAAGAAGAAAGAGAAAAGGCAGGAGCAGGCAGUCCAGACCAACGAUAAAACCUCCAAGGCCAAAACCCCACGUGCAUCUGUUGCGCAGAAACACCCUGCAACCCGCGGUGUCAAGCGGAAACAUCGGCAGCGAUCAGCGCCGCAGCCAACUACCACAGGUUAG